UUGUCUGAUUUCUUAUCCCAUUAUUUCUCCUUUCCAGCCGGAGUAACGAAAUCUGUGGUAGCUCAUCGAGAUCUCAAUCCUUACAAUAUACUAGUGAAAGAUCGAUCUUGUCCUCGUUUACAACUAUGCAUUGCGGAUUUUGGAUUAUCUGUAGUCUUUCACGGAGGGCGCAUGGGAAUAGAUGCAGCUGAACUGACCGAGCGUGGUACCGCUCGUUACAUGGCGGGGGAGUUGAUCGAAGGAUCGCUGAAUUUGUUAGAUCCUAUGACGUCACUUUUGCAGACAGACGUCUAUUCCAGUGCUUUAGUACUUUGGGAGCUACUCUGGCGAUGUAGAGAUAUUUGGCCUACAGAUGAGCCUCCUUCCUAUCGAAUUGCUUACGACAAUUUGGUGCCAAGAAACCCUCGUGUGCAGGACAUGUACCCAGUUGUUGUCAGGGAUCGUCGUCGUCCUGAUACGCCUCCAAGCGUUCACAAGCACAAAAUCUCCGGUUUGAGCGAACUAUGGUCCUGCAUCACCGACAUGUGGGAGCAUGAACCCGAAGGACGCACGACGGCUGCGUGCUCAGCUGACCGUUUGCGACGCCUACGGAAAACUAUGGAUCCUCAUGGAGAUUUGUAA